GAUCUCCUCCCCGCGCGGACGGCGCGGACACCUGGCACCAACCUGGAUAUCGGUGUCGGGCGGCACGCUGGUGAAAAAUAUCUAUAUUUCGGAGUGGAGUUCUCUCUACCAGCGCUCCCGCUGUGCGGCUAGUGCGGCUUUUAACAACAACGCCGGUGGCAGCACUGUGCGAUCGCUAAUUUGCGUUGAACGAGAGAGACACGUAUUUCGGUGCGGCGCCCGUGAACUCCGUGAACUGCGUAAAAAUCGCGCGUGGUAAACGUUCGCGCGACGAGCACGAUAGACGACGGGGGAGCAGGUGGACGAGGACGAUCGGAGGAAGGCCCGACGGCGGUUUUUUUAUCACACAGAGAAAGGUAAUCAGCAGGCGCAAUCGUUCAAUACACUGGCUAUGAAAAUGAAGAUCCCAAACGGCGGGCCUGGAAACGGGACUUACUACGGACAGGAGACGGGCAUCACCUCCUACGUGGACAACAACAGCGACACGGAGGCCGAGGUGCAGGCGAUAGGCGACGGCGAUUUCUCCGAGUACCUCUGGAUGGAGAAUGAGGAGGAAUUUGACAAGCAGGUGCUCCAACAACUGGAGGAGGAAGAGCUGAUGGAGGAGUGUCUAGAGGCGAUGCUGGAGGAGGAGAGGCAACAUCAGAGAAAUAUGAGCUCCACCGCUUGGUCCACAGCCACCGGCACUCCCGACAGUAACGCCGCUGAGCUUUGUCAACAGCUGAACAGUCUGAGGAUGCAGGAUGAUAUCGCAAAACAGAGCACGCUAAAUCCAGACGCAGCUGAGUUUAUUCCAGCGUUCAAAUCGACUGUGGUACCACCUGUAAGUACAUCAUCAGAAACCACAGUUACCACAGAACCGUCGUAGAAAUCUUCUGUGUAUUUUCUCUCUUGUCCGUUCUCCGUUUAAGUCACGUAUAUAAAAUCGGGCUACACGUAAUGAUUAGAGUUUACUAUUUCCAAUCCGACAGUCGUGUUAAGUGGAUGAUCGUGUUAGAUGUUCAAUGACUGUGACUGUAGGUACAAAGGUAAAGAGAGAGAGAAAGAGAUAAAGAGCGCGAGAGUCGUGCGUAAUUAUGCGCGUAAUCAUCCGAAACAUCAGUUACACAAUCAGAUUUGAACGAAAACGCGGUACUCCGAAAUUUUUAUAAACGAGAAACACCGAACGUGGUAUAAUCGUGGCGGGAUAAUCAUGUAUAUGUUUAUUUUUUUUAUUUUUUGCCGAAAAACUACUAACGAACAAUCGCGUUUACAAAUCACUCGUUGAGAAAAAUUUGCAAUUUGUAUCUCUUGGUCGAUGCCAUCUACAUCGAGAAUCGUUUCUCGCAGAGGCAGAUAUUUUUAGCAUUUUCAAUCUUUGUAUAAUUUGUAUAAAUUGAUAUCAUUAUACGUCUACGGAAAUAACUCACUGUUCACGUUAAACUGAAUAGAGGGAACAGAAUGCACUGAAUGGUUUAGGGGAGGACUUUCAUAAGUUUAUGAAAUAUGUAUAUGAACAGGAACAUAGAUAUGCAUAUAUUAUUCUGUAAAUUAUGUUUAUAUCUUAUAUAUAAUA